AUUUUGUUUUUAAUAAUGAGAAAAUUAUUCGGUUUACCUUUGAGAACGGCCGCCAUUGUUGUUGGCUCCUUAUCGGUGUUGUUGUUUUUGUAUGCCAGCAUUCACACCACCUACAAUUUGGUGCAAUUUAUGACGCAAGAAAAAGUCACCAAUUCGGUGUGGAUCAUUGACCCGGAUACCGGUGAAAUAAGUCAUCGUACAGAAGUCGAUACGAGGGGUGAUACAAAUAGUCCCAAGGCACAGUAUACGGGAUGGAUUAUGGAUACAGAUACAGCAACAUUCUAUAUCCUCUAUACAUGUCUGAGUUGGGCCUCUUUAAUAACGUCAAUAUGUUUAAUUGUUGGAGGAAUGAGAUAUAACAACAAACUACUACUGCCAUGGCUUGUAAUGGGCGUUGUCACACUGACAGCCCUAAGUUUGUGUCUUAUCUACACCGUCUAUUUGUUCAUCAUCUACAGUCUGAAUGGUUGGUGUGUCGAGGCAUCGAUGAUAAUUGUGUUGGUUGCCGCCAUUCUAUUAUUGGGUUUGGAAAUUUAUCUAUGGCGUGGCAUACAACUAUUCUAUAUGGAACUCAUGGAUGGACGCGAAAGACGUAAAAUGUUACCCACCACUGUGCCAUUAUACUCCCAAGAUGAGUUUUUCUAUUGAAG